AUGUCUGAGCAACUCGCCUACAAGGGAUCCCUCGCGGGCCACACCGGCGAUGUCACCGCCAUCGCCACUUCGUCCGAGAACCCGGACAUGAUCUUGACUUCUUCGCGAGACAAGACCAUCAUCGUCUGGCAGCUCACCCGCGACGACUCGUCCUUCGGCUUCCCCAAGAAGAUUCUGCACGGCCACAACCACUUUGUCUCUGACGUUGUCAUCUCGUCGGACGGGCAAUUUGCGCUCUCGUCCUCGUGGGACAAGACGUUGAGGCUUUGGGACCUCAACACGGGUUUGACGACUAGGAAGUUUGUCGGCCACACCGGGGAUGUCCUUUCCGUCUCCUUCUCCGCCGACAACAGGCAGAUCGUCUCUGCUUCCCGGGACCGCACCAUCAAGCUCUGGAACACCCUCGGCGAGUGCAAAUUCAACAUCACCGACGAUGGACACUCCGAGUGGGUCUCGUGCGUCCGAUUCUCCCCCAACCCCACCAUCCCCGUCAUCGUCUCUGCCGGCUGGGACAAGGUCGUCAAGGUCUGGGAGCUCAACAAGUGCAAGCUCAAGACCAACCACUUCGGCCACACCGGUUACAUCAACACCCUCGCCGUGUCGCCGGACGGAUCCCUCGCCGCCUCGGGAGGCAAGGACGGCAUUGCGAUGCUGUGGGACUUGAACGAGGGCAAGCACCUCUACUCGCUCGAGGCUGGGGAUAUCAUCAACUCGUUGGUCUUCUCGCCCAACAGGUACUGGCUCUGCGCGGCUACUAGCUCGGGUAUCAAGAUCUUUGACUUGGAGUCCAAGUCCGUCGUCGACGACCUCCGCCCCGACUUCUCCGACCUCUCCGAGACCGCCCGCAAACCCGAGUGCACCUCGCUCGCCUGGUCCGCCGAUGGCCAGACCCUCUUUGGUGGUUUCUCAGACAACCUCGUCCGUGUCUGGGUCGUCACUGCUUAG